AGGUCACAUGACCAGUCGUCAGUUUAGUCAGUCGCUCGUAGCUGUGACCGACAUCCUACCGCAUCUAUCCGCCGUUUCUCUUAGCGGGACGUGCUUUAGGAGUAUCCACCAAACGACUCCAGCCUGCAACGUGAACAUCAACAGGAAGAAGAACAGCGGUGACGCCACAACACUUUUAGCUAACGAUCCGUAUUGGCAAGUGCCGCCCGACGCGAGACCACCUCCUCGGGCUUUAAUCCCUCUACUACGGGGGCCGAAGCGGAAAAAAAGAGGAAACAUUUCCCCGAAAAGGAUGAAACUCUCUCACGCUUUUGUGGCGCUCGUCAUCGCCUUGUUUGCAGAUUCUGGUUGCAUUCAGGCGGCUUCUCUUGAGGUGAAAGAGGGAAACUCCCCCUGCAUUAAGGCGGAGCUCUCGGCAACGUUCUCUAUCACAUACAACACCUCAAUCAGCACGAGAACAGUGCGUGUCUCUCUGCCCGACUCCGCCACGGUGGACGAGCGCAGCAGCUCGUGCAGAGAGGCCGACGGCUCCUCGUGGAUGGUGGCGCUGUUCGGAUCGGGCCACACGCUGGGCCUGCGGUUUACCACCAAUGGAAGCCUGUACAGCGUUGCUAACCUGACGCUGCAGUACAACCUCAGCGACACCUCCAUCUUCCGGGACGCCAGCGAAACGGGUGUGAUCACUGUGGCGUCGCCUUCGGUGGGGAUCUGGGCGACGAUCAACACCACCUACAGCUGCGUGAGCCCCUCCACUUUUAGAAUUGGCGACGAAGCGGUCACUUUCACCAACGUGAGGCUGCAGGCGUUCAUGCUGGGAGAUGACCUGAGUCCAACAGAAAACGUGUGUACGGCAGACAUCGCAGAUACAACCACCACUGCCAGCACAUCGACAUCGACGACGACGACGACGACGCCGCCGCCGCCGCCGACAACAACUAACAACAACAAUGUGGCCCCGGCACCGACCCCGGUACCGACCCCGCCGGGAACACCCGAGCGCGGCACCUACUCUGUGACCAACGGCAACGGCACCGCCCUGUCUCCUGGGCUCAAAUGGGACUGCAGCUCAACGUCUCCUAUUUAUCCCUAUCUCAGAAUAAGACCCGUCCCAGAAUUGGUCAACCUGACUCCAAAUCUGACACGCUCAUCGGGUUCGUGUGAAGCCAGCAGUGCUUCCUUGGUGUUGAGUCAGGGCGAAAGCACCACGCUCAACUUCACCUUCACCCUGAACACCACGAGCAACAAGUACCACCUGAGCGGGAUAUCACUGGUUGCCAAUUGGUCAGAUUCUACUGCUCCCGUCUCAGCCAGUAACAGUAGCCUGGACUACCUGCGCAGCACGCUGGGCCGCUCCUACAUGUGCAACGCACAGCAGACGCUGGUUGUCGUGUCAAACUUCUCUGUCAACACGUUCAGACUGCAGGUCCAACCCUUUAAUGUCACCACCAACCAGUUUGCCACAGCGGAGGAGUGUCAGGUGGAUCAAGACCAGAUGCUCAUCCCCAUUAUCGUUGGAGCAGCUCUUGCCGGCCUGGUGCUGAUCGUCCUCAUUGCGUAUCUAAUAGGCAGGAAGAGGAGCCAUGCUGGGUACCAGACCAUCUGAAUGGACGGACCGGUCGUAGAGACGAGGAUGAGCUUGUGGAAGCAGGUGUUGCUUUGUGGCAAGUGCAUGUUUUUGCAAACCCCAUGUGACCUCUGGAUAUUUACUAUUUUCCCUCAAGUUUCUCUGUGAGAUGAUGAUGAUAAGCCAAAGACCUGCUAGCUUAAGAUGAUGAAGCCCGAGUCUUUAGAGGAUGGAGGCAGUUUGGAUUUUCUGUAGCAAGUUCACCGCCAAUUGUCCAUUCUUUUUCCGUUGCGUUCUUGGAAUUUUUUGAAUUUUCUUGAAGUGCCGUUUUUAUCGAAUGUAAUUAUUUAUUUUAAAAAGAAAUUUGUCAAAAUGCAAUUCAAGGAGAGUUAAAAGAACUGUAGGACGAAGCUCAGUUCUUAUGGUCAAGUGGCGUUUUAUUCCUACGCCUACACAUGUUUACUAGCAUCAUUUCUUUUUUUUUUUAAACUUCACCAGCUAUAGAAAUUUCUCAGAGAGCCCGUGUGUCCGAUUCCUGCGCAGUGGAUACCCACCGAGCUAAUCAAACGCAGACUGGUUGUUGUGAGGGUGAGAGGUGGCGAGCUGUUUGACGGUGUUCCAGCUGUGCAACUGCAUUACUAAAAUGUAUUCAGUAAACUGGUGCAUGGAUUAUUUUUUUUAAUCUUGCUUUUUCCAAAUCUUAAAAGAAAUGUUUAUUGAUAGUGAUUUGAUCUCAUUUUCUAUCAUGCAUCUUUCUGAAAGUUAAUAAAAAUCUUAAUGAAU